AUGUGGGCUUCAUUGGCACGAAGAGGUGGUGGUCGGUGUAUUCACCGUCUGAAUAACCGGGGGUACAGCUCACAGAAAGGGGGAGAUAAUGUGGCUACAGGGAAAAAAGCGAGAUUCGAUAAAUCGAUGCUGAAGCCGGCAUUGGUUGUAGUGCUUUUCGGCUCGAUGCUCACAAGUGUGAUGGAACAGCAGAAGAAAAACGCAGAAUUAGAGAGACGGUACUCAAUGAAAUUGGGGAUUCUAAGGGACCUUACGUCGAAAAUUCGAAACAACGAGAUCGUCGAUGUCGAUCAGGAACUUGCCCUUGUCAAUAAGCUGUUCGAACGGUUUGAGCGGUCAAAACAUAUUUUACUUGAGGAAGAAGCUGCAAAAAUACGAGAACAUAACGAAAUGGCUGGCGAUCUGAGUCACCAAGAUAUGAUCAGCAGACUCAAUGGCCAAAAAAACUCGGAUCAAGACGACGCAUCCCUGCGAGAUCUUUUCAGAGAUAUUAUGAAAGACAUCGACGACGAUUCGACCCUCAAUUCUCAAGCGCCAAAUAAAACCAAGGGCGAAGGCGAAGAUUCACCCAAUAAUGUGACUGAAACCCCUGUUUUGUCGUCAGGAGACUCUCGGAUCCAAACCGAUGCUGAAGUUUUGACUCGGGAAGCUCUGCACGAAAAGGAAAGACUCAAAUAUAAACCCGCAACGGAUUCCCACGUCAUUGUGGAAAAACCAGGAGAUUACAGUACAUCUGCAGAAGAUCACAAAGUUUCCAAGUUUCUAUAG